CGUCCUGCUGGGCUGUUUCUCUUGCAGGAAUCACAGAUCUGUGCCCAGCAGCCGGUGCAGAGUGAGCUGGUGCAGAGGUGUCAGCAGCUGCAGUCCCGUUUAUCCACGCUGAAAAUCGAAAAUGAAGAGGUGAAGAAAACRAUGGAGGCCACGCUGCAGACGAUCCAGGACAUUGUCACCAUCGAGGAUUUUGAUGUUUCUGACUGCUUCCAGUACAGCAACUCCAUGGAGUCGGUGAAAUCCACAGUGUCGGAAACGUUCAUGAGCAAACCCAGCAUCGCCAAGAGACGGGCGAACCAGCAGGAGACAGAGCAGUUCUACUUCACAAAAAUGAAGGAAUACCUGGAAGGCAGGAACCUGAUCACGAAGCUGCAGGCCAAGCAUGACCUCCUGCAGAAAACCCUGGGAGAAAGUGAGUCCCCAGCAGUGGAUGAGGAUGAUUCCUCCCAAGCCAUUCCCCUGGUGGUGGAGAGCUGCAUCCGCUUCAUCAGCAGGCACGUGUUNCUGGAAUUCCUCUUUGGGCAGGAUUCCUCCCAAGCCAUUCCCCUGGUGGUGGAGAGCUGCAUCCGCUUCAUCAGCAGGCACGGUUUGCAACACGAGGGGAUCUUCAGAGUKUCUGGGUCCCAGGUUGAGGUGAACGACAUCAAAAACGCAUUUGAGAGAGGGGAGGAUCCCCUGGCUGGGGACCAGAAUGACCACGACAUGGAUUCCAUAGCAGGAGUCCUCAAGCUCUAUUUCCGAGGUCUGGAGCACCCCCUCUUCCCCAAGGACAUCUUCCAUGACCUGAUGGCCUGUGUCACCAUGGAGAACCUGCAGGAGCGGGCGCUGCACGUGCGGAAGGUGCUGCUCAACCUGCCCAAGGCCACCCUGAUUGUCAUGAGAUACCUCUUUGCUUUCCUCAACCAUUUAUCUCAGUUCAGUGAAGAGAACAUGAUGGACCCCUACAAUUUGGCCAUCUGCUUYGGKCCCACGCUCAUGUCCGUGCCCGAGGGCCACGACCAGGUGUCCUGCCAGGCUCAUGUCAACGAAUUGAUCAAAACCAUCAUCAUCCAGCACGAGAACAUCUUCCCAGGCCCCAGGGAGCUGGAGGGCCCAGUCUACAGCAGAGGUGGAAGCACAGAGGAUUACUGUGAAAGCCCUCACGGGGAGAGAGCCCUGGCAGAGGAUUCAGCACAGGACGUGACGGCUGAGCACCACACCAGUGAUGAUGAGUGUGAGCCCAUUGAAGCCAUUGCCAAAUUUGACUACGUGGGCAGGACUGCCCGGGAGCUGUCCUUCAAGAAAGGAGCGUCCCUGCUGCUCUACCAGCGCGCCUCGGACGAUUGGUGGGAGGGACGGCACAACGGCAUCGAUGGCCUCAUCCCACACCAGUACAUCGUGGUGCAGGACACUGAGGAUGGGAUGUCAGAGAGGUCCAGCCCGAAAUCAGAGAUAGAAAUCAACUCGGAGCCACCAGAGGAGAAGGUGACRGCCAGAGCUGGCGCCAGCUGCCCGAGCGGGGGCCACGUCGCCGACAUUUACCUUGCAAACAUCAACAAGCAAAGAAAGAAACCAGAGUCAGGCAGCAUCAGAAGAGCCUUCCGUCAAAGUGACAGCCACGGCCUAGGUAGUGCCCUGGCAGAACCCGCCUCCCCCGGGGCCAUAGCCGCUUCCAGACCCUCAUCUCAGCCCAUUUUGAGCCAAAGUCUUCCCAAGGAGGUCCCAGACAAAUGCUCCAUCAGUGGCCACGGCAGCCUGAACUCCAUCAGCCGGCACUCRUCGCUCAAGAGCAGGAUGGAGAGCCCGCAGCUGCGCAAGGCGGUCACCGCCGGCCGCUCCAAGAGCUUCAACAACCACCGGCCCAUGGACCCCGAGGUCAUUGCACAGGACAUCGAGGCCACCAUGAACUCGGCKCUGAACGAGCUGCGGGAGCUGGAGCGGCAGAGCAGCGUCAAACACGCGCCCGACGUCGUCCUGGACACGCUGGAGCCGCUGAAAACGUCCCCGGUGGUGGCCCCAACAUCAGAACCCUCCAGCCCCCUGCACGCCCAGCUGCUCAAAGACUCGGAGCCGCCCUUCCAGCGCAGCGCCAGCACGGCCGGAGACAUCCCCUGCACCUUCCGGCCGGUCAAGGCGGUCAAGGUGGUGGCCACGCCGGGGAAGCCGCCGGCCACGCGGCCCAAACCGGCCGUGUUCCCCAAAAGUAGUGCCACCAGCCCUGGUGUGGCCUCCUCAGCRCCCCAGCAACCCCCUGAUAAAUCCUGUACUGUGUGACAGCUCCCUGCUGCUCUGCGGGGCUGCUCCUGCUGUUCCAMACUCUGUCACAGACACCCCAAAUUCCUGCUUGGACGGAUUCUGGGCUGGGAACUGCUUGUUGCUCCCACAGCCACGCUGGGGAACCCCACAAUCCUCGAUCCACUGUGAAGCUGAGCGGGAAAGGCACCAAGGGACCGGGUGGAUUUCGAGCGUUCAGAACAUUUGGUGGCCGUCCUGGUUUUGGAUCCUGGUGUAGUGACUUCUGUAUUCUGUGUUUUCAUUUAUCACAGGGAAACAACAAUAGGAUAGAUUUUAGUCUGCUGCAUGUUUUGGUGCCACCGGUUACGUGGAGCUUGGACAUGCCUGUUUCUUGUGCAUUAUUAUUAUUAUUAUUAUUAUAAUUAUUAUAAUUAUUAUUAUUAUUCCGUCGCCCGCUGGUGCCACGGUGGUUAAGGGUCUGUCUCGACUUCCAUCACAUCCUCUGGUUUUGUUUGUUUGCUGCCCAUUCCUCCCCCACCCCAGGGCCAGAGUUGCCUCAUGCUUUUCGUUGUCAUGGAAAAAAAAAUAGUUUCCUCUGGAACGCUCUUAGAUUUUGUGGAGUUCRACGUAAUGUGUGUCUGUGCAAAUAUAAACAAACACGUUCCUGAGGUCUGCGAGCACAAGAAGGAGCCCAGUUGUUGCUCAUGGACAAUCUUCACCGCUUUCCCCCUUUGCUGUCCCCUAUUUAAAAGCAGCUUUAUUGCUCCCAGUGUCAUUUCCAGCCCGUGGGCUCUGCUGUGGUGUUUGCUCUCGGGAGACUGAAUGUUAAAAAAAAGAAAACAAAACCAAGCUAAUUCCACAAAUCAGCAUCCUCUGGUGGGAUUCCAUUCCCAACACGCACACUCCUGCCCUGCCCACCCUCGGGAUGGACCCUGACCUAAUCCCAGCACUAAGCACUGUCAAAACUUUGCUCAGGAGUUGUGGAGCUCCUGCCCAGUGAGCUCUGGGGAUCUCUGCUCUCAUAGAGCAGGGCAGGGAGCUGCUGGGGACAGCGAGGGGACAGCRUGUGGCUSCUGGAGUGG